AUGGCUUACUAUCAGAGGCUUCUAGCACGACUCCAGGUAUGUACCGAGCUCUCGACUGCCGAUCUUGACCAAGUAUGCCCUCAAUUCGGUGCCAUACCGGAUAUCGGACUCUCUCUCUUCCUCCUAAUCAUCAACACCACCGAUGCCGGGCCUGCGUCUCCCAUACAAUCGGCCAAACUCAUACCCAAUAGCAAUACCGUACAACCUAGCCCAACGGUAUAUUCACCAGUAGAUCUAAACUCAAUUACUCAGAAUGGGCUUCUUGCUGGACCAUGCAAGCCCGUGACUGUUAUUUGGGGGAGGGAAUCACUUGCGCCAGGGAAUGUAGGGCUUAAUGUUGGACCUCCAUUAUUUAAAGCGCUGGCUGCAGUGGUGGAUAUCUCAAAGGUUACUCUACAGGGCGUUGAUUAUGCAGCUAAUCUUAUAGUAGGCCUGGCUGGUGGUAAUAAAGCGGAUGGCGCAAACAUGGCAAAUCUGACAGAGUAUGCAGUUGCUAAAUGUCCCGGAACGCAAAUAGUCCUCGCAGGUUACAGCCAAGGAGCUCAACUAGUACGCUUCUGCACGAAUCAAACCACAGCGCUUUCCAGUAUCAAGGCUGUAGUAACGUUUGGAGAUCCAUUCAAUUUAACGGCCAUGCCAAGAGUUAGUCCUUCCAUUGUCAAAGUGUUUUGUCAUCCUGGUGAUUUGUUGUGUAAGGGACUACCCAUAAUAACUCUUGCACACGGGGGAUAUGCUGCUGAUACACCUGCCGCAGCUGCAUUUAUCGCUUCGAAAUUAAAGUUCUGA